AUGAAAUUCACAUUAAGUAUCCUGGCACUGUGCGGUUUAAUUGCCAUGGCAUUCUCAGCGCCGCUUGAUGAUUCUGCAAACGCACAGAUUUUGUGUUAUGAUUUCGAUAACAUCGGAGUGGAUGGCUAUGACUUUAGUUUUGAAACCAGUGACGGCAUCCGACGUAAGGAGAGUGCAGAACUAAAGGACUUUGACGAUGGAAAAAAAGCGCUUACAGUAGAUGGCUUUGCAGUUUGGACAGCACCAGACAACAAAAUUUACAGAUUGGAUUAUGUAGCCAAUGAGAAAGGUUUCCAGCCCAGAGGUGAUCAUUUACCACGCUGAUAGGGGUCGAACAAUUUAA